CUUAAUUCUAUCGCAUCCCAACAAACAACUUCGAUACUAUUCCCAUUUCCAAUGGAUCUUCCAAGCUCACAUUGAUAACUGCUUUAUUUAGCACUAGCUGACCCGGUGAAUGUAUGAAUAUGUCGUUGUUUACAACUUUUGAUCAGUUUGUUUAAUAAUAUACAAAGCAAUUUAAAAUGCAAUCUAAUUUAAACAUUGAGAAAAAUGCAGACCGUAAAUCAACGUCACAGGUGAAUACAGAAGUUGAGGUUAAAAUAGAUCACCCUCAAAUAUUGGGAAAUAAAGAGGAUGACAAACUGAUCGAGCAAUUAGUAGUAUUUAUUUCCAUCAUCUUAGUAAUAAUUGCAUUUCCACUAUCCUUGUUCUGUAUAUUCGUGGUAAGCCGUCAAUUUGAAAGAAUUAUUAUUCUAAGAAAUGGGAAGGUUUACAAAAAUCGUGCGUUUGGCCCCGGGCUGAUAUGUUAUCUGCCAUGUGUUGAUUCAGUUAAAUUUGUUGAUUUACGAACCGUAUGUUAUGAAAUUCCACCGCAAGAGGCAUUAACCAAAGAUUCUUUGACGGUUUCUGUGGAUGCAGUAGUCUUCUAUAAAGUAUAUGAACCAGUUUGGGCUGUUCUAAACGUGGCAAAUUAUGGAGUUGCAACUCAUUUUCUCGCUUCCACGACCCUUCGCAACGCGUUGGGAACCAGAAAUCUUUCAGAACUACUGAACAACAGACCAGCUGUCAGUAAACACGUCUUUGAACUUAUGAAGACCAUGACUAAACAGUGGGGCGUUCAAGUUGUCAAAGUUGAAAUCAAAGACAUUCGUUUGCCAUUGCAAUUGCAAAAGGCGAUGGCUGCUGAAGCCGAAUCAUCGAGGUUAGCCAACGCCAAGAUAAUCGUGGCUAAAGCUGAGAUUGAAGCGAUGAAGAGCCUCCAGACGGCUACUAAUUUGUUAAUGGAUAACCCUAUGUCUAUCCAGCUUCGAUAUCUUCAGUCGUUGCAAACAAUUGCUGGGGAUGAAACUCACACUAUUGUAUUUCCAUUCUCAGUGGAUUCAUUGCGAAAAAUUUUCAAUAGAUAACUUAAUUUUACGUUUCUUAUAUGUUACUUUAUUCUGUUUUAUAUAACUUCUAACACAAUGCUGAAAUUGUUCGUAUUGGAAAAAUAAAAACAUUAAAAGUA